GCUGCGUGCCCGGGCGCCCAGCCCUCAGCAUGUGCCGCGGCUGGGCCGCGCUUCCCGGUGCUUGCCUGGAGAGAGCCAAGGAUUUCAAGACACGCUUGGGGAUCCUGCUUCAUAAACCAGAGCAGGGGCACAGGAUGGGGAGCUCCAGCAAGCUGCAGCUGGGUGCCAAGCGGAGGGAUUCCUCGAGAGAGGCGCUGGAGUGGCGAGAAUCCUUCGACCAGCUCCUGAAGAGUAAAAGUGGGGUGACUGCCUUCCACACCUUCCUGAAGACGGAGUUCAGUGAGGAGAACCUAGACUUCUGGCUGGCUUGUGAGGACUUCAAAAAGACUCGGUCAAAAACAAAGCUAGCGUCCAAGGCCAACAGGAUCUUUGAGGAGUUUGUUCAAAGCGAGGCACCCAGAGAGGUGAACAUCGACCACGAAACCAGGGAGAUUACCCGGAAGAACCUCUCGGGCGCCACAUCCGCAUGCUUCAACGAAGCCCAGGCGAAAACGCGCACCUUGAUGGAGAAGGACUCCUACCCCAGGUUCCUGAAAUCCGCCUCCUACCAGGACAUGACCAAGCAGGCCGCCAGCCGCUGCCUCAGCAAGCGCUCGCACACCUGA